AUGCAAGGUUUCUACUCCAAGCUAGACUCGUCCCCCCUUCAGGGCGUAGGCCUGGGGAGUGAGGGCACCCCGGUGCCCCUCAGCCUUGCCGUGGAAACCGAGAAGGCCCGAGCCCUGUUGCAGACCUUCAGCUCCGCCUCCUUGCUGGCGUCGGCAGGCCUGGGCGCGUUCUGCGUGGCGGCUGACCACGUCCUUCAGCUUCCGCUCAUCCAGCACCACCUGUGGCUGCGAGCCAUCCUGGACAAUGGCACGCAUGCCAUCGUAGGGCUGUGGUCCUGGGCAGUUGUGAUUGGGCUGAGAAAGAAGAGUGACGUCUACGAGGUACUGCUGGCCGGUCUUCUGGCGUCCAUCAUUGACUUGGACCACUUUUACAUGGCUGGCUCGCUGUCACUCAAGGCUGCUGUCUCCCUGCCUCAGCGUCCUCCCCUCCACUGCUCCACGCUCAUCCCUGUCCUUUGUCUGUCUCUCCGCUUCUUCAUGUGGCUCGGACGCCUAAAAGACGCCUGGUGCUCGUUGCCGUGGUUGCUGUUCAUUUCGAUGGUGACGCACCACAUGCGGGACGCCGUGCGCCGCGGUCUGUGGGUGUGUCCGUUCGGGAACACGAUGCCACUCCCUUACUGGCUCUAUGUCAGCACCACAGCGACACUCCCUCACUUGUGCUCUGUGCUCAUGUACCUGACUGGAACCAGAGACGUCAUUUCAACCAAACACGGGGUCGCUAUCGAUGUGUAA